AGUGCGAGAAAAAUGCCAAGUUGGAUUUUCGUAGCGAUCGCUUGCUGCUUGGUCAGUGAACUACAAGCACAAACCAACUACUGCACCACAACCUACUGCAAAGCUGGCCUUCUGAACGUUGGUUGUAACCCUCCUGGAUCGCCCGGAGGCACCGGAUGCGCUGGGAAGAGUCCCGCGGUGGUAGAAAUUACACCCGCUCUACAGACUGUGAUACUUUCCGAACAUAACACUCGCCGUUCGCAGCUUGCUCUGGGACAGUUGGAAUCAUUCCUACCAGCGAUUCGCAUCCCCACAAUCUCCUGGGAUACGGAGUUGGCAAACCAGGCUGGUAAUAAUGCACGUAGCUGCGUCUAUGGUCACGAUCGUUGUCGUAAUACUGCCGUGUACGCAUGGGCUGGACAAAACAUCGCCAUAUCACAGUUUUACGGGAUGACCAAGACAAAUGAGCAGCUGCUUAAGGAAGGUAUAAAUUCUUGGUGGAGUGAGUACAAUGUUACCACACAAGCUCAACUGAACAGCUAUCCAAAAGCAUAUACUGGACCGGCCAUUGGACAUUUCACGCAGAUGGCGAACGAUCAAACGGAUAAGCUAGGAUGCGCUAUGCAGUACUGGUUGGAUGGUGAUUUCGAGACGUUCUAUCUGGUUUGUAACUAUGCCGUCACCAACAUCGCGGAACGUCCAACAUAUAAGAGUGGAACGGUGGCUUCCGGAUGCACUACUGGGCGCAAUCCUACUGCUGCUUUGAAUGGUCUGUGUUCGACAGCAGAAACGAUCAAUCCUGUACCGAACUAA